ACCCACCUAUAAGCACGAUAAAAACGGAUUAUUGGUGAACAAUUAAGAGAACUCCCAAACACGUGUCAAAGUCUGGUAGGUCCGCUUCAAGUCUACUUUUUCUUUUUCCGUAAGUCUACUUUAACGUUACAAACCGACGACCUUGGCUAAAAAGCUCCCACGAAUAAAGGAAAAUUAUUUUUUUAUUAAAAGAAAAUAAACCAAAAGCGUGGGGCACGUGACGGAAGAUGCACCUCCCGUUAGAGUCGUGAUUGUAACAGUACAAAUACGAUGUCGUUUUUGAUCCACUAAACAGUAAGAAAGUUAAAUAAAUUACAGAAAAUGACAAAAAUAAAUUUUCAUUUUAGAUAAAUUUCAUGUGCAUUUACAUUUACGUCCAACGUCCCCCACAUGAGAAUCGGAUCAACACCUUAUCCGUGUCCCAUUUUUUUUUCUAUAAAUACUCUUUCAUACUCUCCCCAUUUCUUUGCUUCACUAUAGGGCAUAGCUUUGAAAAAGUCUUAGAGAGAGAAAGUGAGUGACAAGUGAGAGAAGGAGAAGAAAAAGCUUGUUAGGUGUUCUUCAUUUCGGGUUCAUCUCUGCAGAGCAUCCGGGGCAAGGCGAGUGGGGUGUGGAUAUCUUCUCAGAACUCAAGUUUUUUGAUUAACUGAACAAUGGAGGUACUUGGAAAAUCUAUGGUAGCAGUGCCUACAAAUGUUAUAUAUCUGUCAACUAUUCUGGGCCAAGAUGGCCCAAACCCUGUUCACAAGUGUGAUUGGAAAUGUGAAAAUGAACAUGUGUGUGGGAACAUGUUCCGCUGCCGUCUAACUGGGCUGACACACAUUUGCGACAAAAACUGUAACCAGCGAAUAUUGUAUGAUAACCAUAACUCUCUUUGCAGAGUUAGCCGACAGAUUUUCCCUUUAACACAAGUUGAAGUGCAGGCUGUGAAAGGUGUACGGAGGAAGUUUGAUGCUGAUAGUUCCCCUUCUGAUAGCUGCGCCUUUAAGCGCAGAAGGGAUGCACAUUUCCACCCAUCACCAUUUGAGAGAUCUUUCACUGCUGUUAGUCCCAUUUGCAGUCAAGUUGGAGAGGGCAUGGACUUGAACUAGAUAUAAUAAAUUUCCAUCCUUUCGUCUGUUUAAUUUUACUUUCUUUUCGGACUGGAUUAUGAACAAUUUCAUAAUUUCCAUGACAGACUAGAUUGUCUUGCCAUUUUGUAGGAGGACUUAUAUUCUACAUUCCUGUGGACUGUAGCUUUAUAACUGUUUAGGAGUAACAAUAUUAUGUCUGCAAACGUUGGUAUGCGCCUGAGUUGAUGUUACAUGAAGGCUUUAACUAUAUAUAGUGCAGCAUUUUGUAUAACCUUUAUUUGGUUUCUGUCUAGUCACUCUAUACUUGUGGUUACAGUUAUACCUUUUAGGGGUUGUCAAACAUCUGUAUUGGCUUGCUGUACUUGUAUAGUUCUCUAUUAAUCACUGUGAUCAAUUCUGGGAGGUUUAUUGGAAUCCAGUCAGUGGAAUUAUUAUAUACUUUGUUUCCUAUCCUACAGGAACUUGCCCUAUCAAAGAAAGAACACACUUUUCAGUGAGCUCACUAAAGCUCACCUACUUUUAUGACUUUAACUCCCUAUUUCUUUGGCAGGUUUUGGAAGAAAGCACUAUUUUAUUUCAUACUGUUGCACUAGUCUAUUCUUAAAAUUCAGUUUGUAUUUGCUUUUUGAAUUUGUUCAUGUAAAGUAUCCUAAAAUGGUUUUACUUUUGCAGGAACUCAAAAACAUUUACAGUCAGGAGAGUUGAGAUAUAGUUUAUAUUGUUUAUGUUUUAUCAUCUGUCUUAUUUAUUACCAGCAGAAUCAUGAGUUUCUAACUAAGUUUGUUCUUUCUUAUUCAACAGAUCCACGCUCUUCCACGAGGUCUAGAGUUCGAACAAAUAAAAAUCAGCUCUAAGCUUUGAACUCUUGAACAGGGAGAGGUCUGAGGAAGAAUCUAAUAUCUGCCAAAUCAAUUGGUGUUUUGCAUCCACGCUGAAGUGUGACUAUCCUGCAGUAACAUUGUGAGUAAUACAGUCGAAUUUCAUGUCUGAUCGUUUGAAAACAAGAUCCACCUAUUCUUGGAGUCAGAGAUCUGGUGUUUACAUCCACCUACAUGUAUCUGUUUUUUCUGAUAGUGUUAGCUGAAGAGGAAUCUUUAGCAGCCAAAUCAAGGGGUGUUGCUAAACCACUUAAAGUUACACCUGUUGUCCAAUUUGCUCCUCUGUUAUUGCAAAAGGAUCUUUUUUUGUUGUAAGUGCUUGAUGACUUUAUGUGUUUUGAAAAUUAGUGGCUCUUGUCAUUUGUGCCUUGCUGCUGCUCUUCGACUUCAUCAGCAAAACUAUACUUGCUGUAUGAUUCCCAUUUCUUUGUUGCUUUGAAUUCUGAAUUGGCGCUCAAUGCAUCAUAUGCUGCUGCUAUCUUGCCACUUUUCAGGAUGGUGAAUUAGCAAAUUGAAUGACAAUGACAAUACAAAGUCAGCUUUCUCAGUGUGGUGUUUCACAGCUUCGUUUUAGCAACGUCUGGGAUUGGCUUUAGUGAAUGACAAUGACAAUACAAAGUCAGUUUUUUCAGUCAUCAUACUCAAGAAUAUCACUCCCUUGAAGACUUACUUGUUGUGGAAUAAUAUCAUUACCCCUUACCAGUAUCCAUCGGUUGCUUGCAGUGUAUAGUUUGAAAGAAUAUAACAGGAAGAUGCAUUUCUUUAUUUAUUUUUUUAUUUUAUGCAAACCCAACAGUGUACAUAAUGCAGAUGCAAUGACUGAUCGGAUUGGGGAUGUGCAGUCUGUACUCACUACAAACUUUGCCAUUUAUAAUAAAUUUCCCAAAAGGAGAAUACAUCUUUUUUCAUA